CUUUACUUCUUUCCAAACAAGAAGAAAAAAAUGGGAGAUAGUAGCUCUUGUAAUGACUGGUUUGAUCAAUAUAAUUAUGACUAUCAAGCCAUUAAUCACGGGCAAGCUCCACCUUAUUCUAACCCUAAUUCUUCAUCUUCUUCGUUCGGUUUCUCAUCAGAUUCUAUGAUGAUCACAACUAUAACAGCCAGUAAUUCUGCAUCUGAUCAUACCUUGUUGCUUAGCCCUACCUCUUCAACUAAUACUUCUUCUCAGCUGACUCCUAAAGGUACAGUCUCAAAGCCAAUCCGAAGAAGGUCUAGGGUUUCCAAGAAGACGCCGAUUACGCUCCUUAAUGCAAAUGCUAGCAAUUUUAGAUCAUUGGUGCAACAAUUUACUGGCUACAGCAGUUCACGUAGUUGUGGGUCACAAAAGGGUCCGAUCAACUUGAAUUUUCAACUUGGUAGUGCACAAAAUCAUAGCUUUCAAACUACAAAAAUGGCUCCUUAUAGUACCAGUACUUAUUAUCAGAUGCAACAAGAAGAGCAAAGUCAGCAAGUAGAGCAGCAACGUGUGAAUGUUUAUCAAGGUGCUACUAUAUGUUACGAAUCGACUUAAGUAGAUGCGAAGAAUCGUCUCGGUACGUAAGACGCUCGAAAGAGCUUAAAGAGAAGAUAAAACGCUAUUCGGAAAAAAUUUCAUACAUAAUUUAAAGAUAUCAUUUAGACUGGGUGGUGAGCAGUGCGGCCUAGCUCCUCCCUAACCGACAAAGUGUCAAGAACUAAAAAUGCAAGAAGGUUCCAAUCUCAAGCUCCACUUUAUUUAAUUGCUUUUUUUGUUGCAGUCAUGACAAUCACCCAAUAUAUACUGCCUUUAUAUAUAUAAUAUAUAUUACGAUUUUACUCUUCUCCUAUAAAAUUUCUAGCUCCAUCAUUGUACCAUCUCAGUUUCAAUAGUUGUCUGACGGCAUUGUGAUUCAAAAUUCCAUUUUCAGAUUUUAAGUUUCGUUAAUUA